GUCACGUUCUGUCCCCGAAGCGCUCUUCGAUGUUUGCCCAGCUCACUCUUUGCGACAGAACAAAUCACAAACGAUAAAUUUGUGGAAAUAUCCCCUCUGGCUGGAUUUAAACAAGACAAUUACUUGCCUGUGGUGUUGGUAGAAGCCGUCAGUGUUCCUAUCACAUAGUGGAACGACAACUAUUGAAGACCGAAGACUUUUUGUCCCGCUACGAUAUUUGCACUACUUCCGAGUUGUGAAAAGUAUUCAUUCGACCAGGUCAGAGCUUAAUUUUUCGCCCAUUCAGCAAAAUAUUAUAGUCUAUCAUUUUUAGUUCUUGGGCCUCGUAUCGGUCCAUCGAGUACAAAACAAAUUGUGUGCCGUUUAUUUUAAACUCUAUAUUUCCCUUUCUUUGAGGUUUUCAUUACGAUUUAUUGCUUAUUUGAGGAAUUUAGCAGAAAUACAAGAACGAUCUCGUGCUUACCUAACAUUUAUAUUCAAACUUACCUUUAAUUUUAUUAUUUUCCGUUUCUUAUCUUAAUAAUGCUGGUGGUCACAUGGAAAAAAAGGAUUAUGUCUCACGCACGGAAUCUUUUAUGCAGCUAACUUUACACAUUGUCGACUACAUCGUGUGCCAUUUUAAUUGCUUACUUUACAAUGGUACAGGUUCUUAAAAGACAAAAGUAAUACUUGCCUCCGCGUGCUUAUGUUUCCGGAUCCCUCAAGAACCUGUAGUUGUUUGAUAAUUUGAUGUCGUUGUUUUCCAGAGUAUGGAUGGGCAAAUGUACCCUAAUACUUGAAACCCCCGCGAAGACCAGAGAUUCACUUUUUUCGCUCAUAUAACCAAUCGCUUGGUAGACUGCUUGCAGUCCGCCUUUUCUCUUAAAAUCGGUCUAGUUCUUGAUCUCAUUCAGCGCGAUUGCAUACCACGAUGUGAUUAUAUAGGGAUCGAGACGAGACGAGAAAAGACGGGUCUCUUAUUUUUUCUUUUCGGGCUUACGCCCUCGUUUCUCACGGCAAGCGACUUCGCCGCUCGCGUGCUUAGGUUUUGCGUGUAGUAACUUUGCAAAGAAAAAUAAGACACUGCUCGCAGUCUAAUCCCUUGCCGUCAAUUUCGUGGUUCAUUGAGCGAGCUGUUUUCAUAUACCGCCAAGUGAAAGCAAUUUAUCAACUCUCAAGGAAUUUUAUUAAAUGUGGGCGAAUUGUUUUGUAAAAAUUUGGCGCAUUCGACACACAUCUUACUCGUCAAAGUUCAGACAUGUUUCCCGCAAGUGUUAACUCGGUGUUACCAAGAGAGAAUGAUCUCUCUUGGUGUUACCACGAAAAAGGCUAGAGUUGCACUCGGCUGCGCCUCGUGCAACUCUUACGCCUCUUGAGUGCUCUCCAAACUUCCCGCGUGCUCAAUAUCUCGACAUACGCACGCUGACGCAUGAACUAAUUGUUAAUUGUUAAGCUCCUUGCAAACGGAUGCAACAUUGAAAACUGCAUGGUAUGGUUAAAUUUUUCGAACGCAUGAGGGUAAUGAAGCAUUUCCGAAAUUUCUCUAUGAAGCNUUCGUGGUUCAUUGAGCGAGCUGUUUUCAUAUACCGCCAAGUGAAAGCAAUUUAUCAACUCUCAAGGAAUUUUAUUAAAUGUGGGCGAAUUGUUUUGUAAAAAUUUGGCGCAUUCGACACACAUCUUACUCGUCAAAGUUCAGACAUGUUUCCCGCAAGUGUUAACUCGGUGUUACCAAGAGAGAAUGAUCUCUCUUGGUGUUACCACGAAAAAGGCUAGAGUUGCACUCGGCUGCGCCUCGUGCAACUCUUACGCCUCUUGAGUGCUCUCCAAACUUCCCGCGUGCUCAAUAUCUCGACAUACGCACGCUGACGCAUGAACUAAUUGUUAAUUGUUAAGCUCCUUGCAAACGGAUGCAACAUUGAAAACUGCAUGGUAUGGUUAAAUUUUUCGAACGCAUGAUGGUAAUGAAGCAUUUCCGAAAUUUCUCUAUGAAGCUUGAUAAACAUUAACUUAACCCUCAAGCAAAGGAGUCAUAGAUUAAUUAUUAAAUCUGAGGGAGGUACUUAGCUUUUUACUGUAGAGCAAAGUUUGCAUUUUUAUUUCAUCCACUGGUAUAACUAUUUUAAGACGAUGAAAGAGAACCAUGUCCUCGAGGCUCCGUUUUACAAAACGUUUAGUUCGUCGAAAAUCAGGUUAUUUAAAACGCUGGCCCACUUUAACGUUUUUGGGCGUUUUUGAAGAAACUUGUGGCCCUCAUGACAUUUUAAGGUUGUGACACAAAGCGCAUUUUAAUGUCCGCUGCUAACAAAAUUAGUUCGUCAAGAAUACUCCGCUGGUUCAUCUGGUGAUGAAACACGGUCUCAUACUUGAUAAAUUACAUAACAUUAAGAACACGCACCUCAGAAUUGUUUCGGUGGAAUCUCUCCUUUACUGAAAACUCAUAAAACUCCUUUUCCUUUUUUGAUCUCGAGAAAGGAUUUGCUUAAACUAAAUACUGUUACAUCUGACAUGAUGACAUCUGAUGUGCUGUCAGAAAAAGACAAAAAAGCGUGCUACCAUAAAGCUACCAUAGUCAAGCGACCCUCGUUACUUUCGGAAUUAACAGCCUUUAGGGCUCGUUACUUUCGGGGUGUCGUUAUUUUCGGGGACCAAAAACCAUGAAACAAAGUUGGCGCUACCUCUUUCCCGAUAUGAAAAAUAAACAACAUAAUAUUAAAAAAACAAACAUUCAUUUGUGUUAUAUGGUAUUUGUAACAGAGUUACCUACCAUGAUUUAUGUCGUUAUGAGACUAUUUUUCGCUCUCGUUGCAGAAGAGACUUACUGAAUCCCCUCAUUUCGAUUUGAGUCACGAAAAUCAGGUACUGUUUGUUUACGCAAAAAAUCACGUUAUAUGUCUUGUUUCUGAUCAGUUUUAACUGGAAGACACGUUCAUGUUGUUGAUAUGAACUUUAUAUCAGUUUAGUUUUUUUACGUUGUGCAAUCUGUGAACUGAUACAUCAUAGCCUGUGUAUACACACCUCCCCCUCACGUCAACGACUAGUGAUAGUUUCAGGCAUACCAUGUUUGAUCAUGUUUCCCUUGUUGUAAAGUGCGUUAUCGCGAUAAAUUUGCAAAUGCACGAAGACAUAGGUAUUGUACAUUAAAAAUUUGACCAUGGAUUGCAACUGGAAAACAAUAAAGACAUUCGGUAUGUUUAUAACGUAAAGUAAGUAUAAAACUUAGUCUCGAUAUUUUUUGGGGACUCGCUAUUUUCGGGAUUUAUUAGAAGACAGAAACUUUUGACGUUAUAUCGGGGGAUCGUAACUUCAAUGGGGGGUCGCUACUAUGAGAACUUUACAGUAAUUCUUUUACAGAGGACUUUUUGGUGCUAAGAAAAUUGUCGCAAACAGUUGGUGGUAAAACCACGAAUUUAAAUGCAAUAGUCAAAACGAAUAUAUAAUCAGUCGACAUAAAAGUUUCUCUUCGAGAAGCUUCCACAAUUCACUCAUUGAACUAAAAAUAUGUAAAAAAAAAGUUUAUUGGCAAACUGGAGAUUCGAGGUAAACAUCUAAAACCAGACACACUCGCGAGCACUGUUCAUGAAUUUUGGAAACCUAAUAUUUUCUCUUUCCAAAAUAUACCAGUAUGGCCUAAGGCUAAUUUAAACACGCAAUUUUGACGCCUUUAGUCAUAAUCGCAAAAGUAGAUAAAAGUAAACAAACUAAAAACCCCCGAAAAAAGAGAGAUGUCUUUGUCUCUUGGCAGGAAGGUGCCAAUUUGGUCUUAUUCGCUAAAUUAAGUUUUGAACCGAUAAUUUUCAACUUGCAACAGCCAUUCUGUCGCGGCCAGCCGCCUGCGCGUCUUAUAUUUAUAGGGUUGUUUAUAUUACAACUCUUGACAAUUCAUUUGUCCUGUUUGCAGUUAACCCAGGAUUAAUUAAAGCUAACCACUCAGAGGUCGGCCCAGGAGAAACCUAACCCCUUCCUCAGGCGCUCACAUUUUCAUAUUCUUAUUUGUAUCGAACUUUUAGUUUUUGAUUUUCAUUUUUGUUUUAGCCCUUGAGGAAGGUUUUUUUACAAACCGAAAUAUUGGGCAGUUUGUUUAAAUACAUAUUGUUUUGUUUUAUUCUUUUGUCUACUUCUUCAUCGCCUUGCCGUAAGGAUCAGUUUGCCGUUUCAUAUUUUUCUAGGGGAAUUACCUCAUGUUGCUAAGCAACGUCUUCAUCGUGACUGACGUCAAAUUCAUUACAGGUCAGCAGGUCCACAUCAGCUUUAGCUGCCUUUUAAGUUAACCUGCUUUACCAAAUAAACUAUGAAUGAAUGAAUGAGGAAAAGGAAACCUCUUCAGAUAACUCUUAUUAAAACUGAGCCGGCAGAGAACUAUUCUCUCCUUUAAAACAUGCACACAAACAAAAGAGCCUCAUUGCCAUGUCCGCCACCGCAGAUAAACUAACUCUUAUUCCGUAGACUGAAGAUUAAGUCCUGUUUUUUAGAGUUAUCACUCAUUUCCACCCUUCAGAAAUGACCUUACAAGAAACCGUUUAAGUGUUUAAGUCCUGCAGUAGAACCUAAAUUUCAAAUUGUAAUGGGUAAUGAGGCCAUUUUACAGUUGCCUGCUGAGUGUACACGAGGCUGGGGAUUACCUUGUUUCCAUCGAAACUUCACCGCUUUUCUAGCCUGCGAUUUCUUAAGAUAUUAAUAGGUGAAAAGUGUCACGUGACCUAUUUUGCUUAAUUACUAAUUAAAUAAAAACGUGAGUUAACCAUUCUGGCCAGAUUCAAGCGAGAAAUGAUGAUACGAUAACAAAAAUACUGUACUGUAUUUAAUAUACUGUAUACUGUUUGGCGUCUCGCCACCCCAUUUUUAGUUUUCUUUUCUUUCCUGGACUCGACCAUAAGUGGUCACGUGACAUAGAUAUCUGAUUUCUUACGUUACAGGAAAACUAAGGUUACCAAUUUUUCCGAGGUUGCCAAAUCUUGGAAGGUUCUGAUAAAUUUUCACAAAGUUAUGAUCAUUAUAAGAUUUUAUGCAAAUUAGCCUUAGGCCAUGCUUUAACAUGCUUGAGAAUGGAAAAAAUGUCGAGAACACAUCUCUAAGUACCAUACAAGUCUGGCUUGAGCUAUACCAAGGAGGUUCAUUUGUAAUACAGCCAAUUUUAUUGAGGAUCAUGGUCAGGUUGCGCAUAAACAAUAAGUUAGGAAAGCAUUUUUUAGUACAGAGUCACUACGACCACCGCAGGAAGAGUGGUAUAUGCUUCUUACUUUUAAGUCUAAAUCCCUUAAUAUCUGUUAAUAUUCAACGCAAAUAUUAACUCAAGAGCAGAAUUUCUGUUGAUACAAUGAUAUACGUAAUUUACCGUCAAGGAAGAACUCGCUUUUUGUGCCAAAGUCUGGGUUAAAUUAUCGUUUACCCGACCGACCUUUUUUAAAGUCAGCUGGCUUGGCCAAAAGCGCGGGAGUUUCAACUGCGGUUUAAGCAAACACCCAUUAGAAUAAAAAAGGUGUUAUUGGCUUUCAAAAUAUGUUGUUGAUGUAAAACCUUGAAAUGAAUCCGUAACAAGGUAAAGGCUGUCGUAUUUUUAUCACACAGCUUUUAAUUAUGACUUAUAAAACGAUUUUGAUUGAAAUUAUAUAACGCCUCAUCAUGAAACUUCAUGAAAAGUGAGUUUUUACAAAGGAAUACGCGAACUUUAUUGAUGUCAGAAGAAAACAAAAAAUAUAUAUAUUUUAUUUAUUUACCGUUUUUAGUAGAGAAAAAUGACCACAUAUCCUCUUAAGCACAACUAUACAUUUUUAUGGACAAUUAGUAACAUCGUGAUUACUAAGGAGUCAAGGAGUUUUUAAAAAUGAAUUUGUCAUUCAGUAAGAAAUAAUGUGUUGAUAGUUUUGAAAUUUCUUUGGCAAAAAAGGUUUGCACACUUUAAAGAUAAGAAAAAUGAAAGAAAAGUUUGUGUUUUCAGGAAAAAACAAUCGUUUGUUCGUUUUUCGGCGUUAAGAAGAUAAUGAGGCACUAAGUAUAAUACGUUUUGAAGAAGUUCAUUUGAAGUAUUGUUUCUGUGAACUAAUUUGAAAAAUUGAAAAAAGGAAAUGUCGUUGGUGUUAUUCAAAACAAGCAGAUGGUUUAUUUCAAUGGCUUCAUUAGGAAACUGUAGUAAGGUGUGAAAUGAGCUAAAAGACCACUAUGCAGUAAUGAAGUAAAGUAGAAACAGAGGGCUUAAAUAUCAGGACUACAUCAUCAAUUAAAUCAAAGCACUGAGCGUGUAUUAUGGAUUAGCUAGAAAUUUUUUAUCGACCAAUCACAAUCACGCUCUUGUAUGACAUCAGCUGUGAUAAAGGCAUCAUGCUUGCUACAUCUUUUUGAAAAGUCAACUGAAGAUGGCUCACUGGUGAAAUUUGCAUCUGUAGUUUUUAAUAUCGAACUUGAUCGUCUGUACCUUCAAAGGACCAUCUCUCACCAGAGGCUAUGGCUGAUUUUACAAGGUAAUACUUCUACGCGGGAAAAAGUAAAAAAUCUCUUUGCCGCGGGGCAAACGACGCCCGUCAAGAAUUUUUUUAUUGCACGUUCGUUAUUUUCGUUGUCUCAGGAAACACAACCGGGUGCGGGGAAAUGAAAUAAAGCACCUAGCGAGUGAACUUACGAUCAGAACAACAGUACCCAAACAUUUCAAUACAAAAUACCCGCGGGGGAUUUUCUUGAUAGUAUAAGGCAGGUCGUCUUUUAAUUUUUAUUUUAUUAUUUAAGAGAGAUCCUUUUCAAGUGCAUCUGUAUGGGAGAAAUUGUCAAUGUAACUAUCAAACGCGCGCGGCCGGUUAAAGCACUCACUAUUUUGCGAGUCUAUUGAGACUUUAAAGGUAUCAUUAUCGAUCUGUUCAGGUUCGCGCACUCGAUAAAAAAGGUAAGCAAGGGUUGAUACUUUACAACAUCUGCAUGUGAAUAGUUCUCUUUAUCUCUUGAUGACCUGCAUGUGAUGUAAAUGUGACUAAAUAGAAAAAUUGCGGCUAUUGAGAACUCGUAAGAUGAAGAUGAGAAUGAUAUAUAUAAAAAAAGAACUGUCCAACGCGAAAUUGAUCUCAAGUACCUAAAACUGCAAGCAAAAAUUUCAUAACUGCUGCGUCGUUAUAAAAGAAGCAACCAUGUUUAUGUAGUGAGUCGGCUGCCGAUUGCUAGAUACAAAUAAAAUGAUAGAAUUUAACGACAAAAGCUAAGGACUCCCGGGUUGAAAUUCAACUCUCUCUAUAUGACUCGAAUGUAACACCGCAUUUGUCAUACUUAUACCUGAUAGGUAUGAUAAAGUUAUCUGUUAACUUCUGACGUUUGUUUGAGGAUCGUCAAAUAUAACCCAGCAACCUUUUAAGAUAGCAACGACCCGCGUUUUUUCAGUGCUAAAAAUGGCUUUAGAUAGACAGUCCGCUAUUGACUUUAUUUGCGCACCUGUAGAGGUGAGAUUUAUUGAGUAAGAGGCCAUCAUUGGGCCGCCGCGAAAUAGGCGCGUAAGCUUAUGAACCUGACAGAAUAUUAUUUUCAUUCUGGCGUCGAAAGAGAAUUUUAAACAGGGUCUGUUUGUUUGUUAUUUGCAGAGCAAAUGAGUCCUUUUCAACUCCUGCAGUUUUCAGCAAUUAGCGUCUUGGAGAAGAUUCGUUCACUCGAGACACAAAACAGUAAAACAGCCUGUACAACAUGGAGGAAAAAUCAAGGUUCUCUGCCCUAGUUCGCUACUUCAGGUCGUUGAAAAAAAUGGCGUGUAGUGGCAGCAGAGCUUCUGCACAUAUCACACAAACUACACAAACUGUCGUGCUUAACCGUGAAAUUGUGAACAAAAUAACGCGACCUAUCCAUUUAUUGACGGCUUUUAUAGGCCAUCGGAGUAAACAUCAUCCGAUAUUGGGAACAUUUGGCCUGGUGUUGUGGAUUUUGAAUCUGGUGUGCCACUUUUCUCUGGAUUUCUACGAAGCGGCGCAUAUAUUUGGUUGGGCUUGGGCGACGGCGAUAGGCUUAUUUUUCGUGUCGUUCAGCUCAGGGACGUACAUGCUGAUUUCUGAUACACUUCCAUGGUUAGAGGACGGCUUAGAGAUUUUAAACGUGGACGGAAAUUUCUCCGAAACACUGGCAAAAGCCCAUGCCAUUGCUUCGGUAAGUGAUAUAUUCUUAUCAAAUAAACGGGAAAUGAGAGUCAAAGGGCCGGCAGUUUUGAUUCUCUCUGACUCUCAUUUGACUACCUUCUUCGAGUUCAACUAAAUAAUUGCAAACAAAUGAAAAAAAACAAAACGCUUCGUCUCAACACUAACAUCAUUUAUUUAAAAGCACUGUAUUUUUUACCAUCGUAUCGGCGUUUAUUCGCCAGUUUUUUAGCAUUUUCAAGACGCCCAAAUUAACGAGGCCAAGCAAGUUUCUGACACUGACUGAAGAACCGCGCCGCAAUAUCUUAUAUAUUUGCUUUCAUCAUAUGAAUUUUUCUUCUCUCAUUUAUUUCGAUUAAUGCAAACACAUUCAUUUAUUCUAUUUUGUGUUUAAUUUAAAAUUAUUGGUUGUUAUUUAAAAUCCCGCUGUAGAUUAGCCGUUGUCUGAAUUGAUUCAUAUUUAAGCCAAGAAAGAACACCCUUUUUGUCCUAUUUAAUGGCUGAAAUUGUACGGAUAUGAGGAGAAGGACGAGUAAAAAUUCUUAUGUCAACAGACAAUCGAUUCUUUCUUAACUAUUCGCGCACGAAGUUUGUAUCGUUCAACAUCCUUGAAAGUCACCUGUCAAAAACGAUUCAUGUCAUCGUUGGUCGUCAAAAAAUUAAAACUCUUUUUCAAACAGCUCACAUUUCAAUGACAAUAAAAUGUCGGUGAAAAUUGCGCUACUUCCGUCAAAUUAUAAUAUAAUUCUCGAUAUUUUUCGACGAGGCCCAACUUAGCUGAAAGUAAUAGGUAAGUAUUUAACAGUAUAUUGCAGUCCUUUGUUUCUCAUUCGGUUACUUUAACGGUUCAACCAGUAAAAUAACAUAUCAAAUUAACGCUUUAAUAAAAAGUGAACUACUCCCGGCCAAAUUUGCUUCGGGCCCGUAAGAAUAUUGCUGGACAAAAGAAUUCAGAAGUUUAGUUAAUCCAAGGUGAAUUAUUUUCAUUGAUUUGGGUCUACUUAAUUCUUAAAAUAAGUCGUUCAGCGUUUACAUGUGAUAUUAUUAUUUGUUAUAAGGGAUAUUUACUUCUGCAAUCAGUAUUUACUUAUGCGAAUUUUGCCAGUAAAUAACUACAGUCAUUUACAUUUUAUUCAUUUAUCUUCUGACAAUAGCAGUUGAGGCAAUGGCAAGAAAUAAAUAGUCGCUGUUUCCGACGCUGCAAAAUCGGUGUUUUGGCGUUCCGGCCAAAGCCGGCUUGACAAUUCUGAAACUUGACUGAAUUACAAAACUGAGGUCAAAUUUAGGUUUCAGCGACACGUGUCGUAUAUUAACUUGGUCAAGGCUUUCAUUGAUAUUCAAAACUUCAACGAUCAUUUUACAUCGAUCAAAACAAAUGAAAGCUGCCUAUUUAUGUGGUUUACUAACUUCAUGCAGUGUUCAUGAGCCACAUGAAGAUUGCGUACAAUUUCAAGAUGAGCGUUGCUUCUCAUUUUCAGUAUAAAAUACGGAAAUAUCUAUCAAAUUAAUUAUUCAACAUUACUGGAUUCGUAAUUAAUUCGUUUUGAAAGACAAAAAAAAUGAUCAGCAAUUAUUUUCCUUUCUUGAACCCAGUGGUUUGCCAAUAACAACAAAUGUUUUUAUUUUCGAAAAGUAUAGCUCUAAACUAAACUAAUCUGAUGUCAUUUAUAACACUCGGUGAAAAUAUAAAAGUAAGCUAUUCUAACAAACUCAGCUGACUUUGCAACCUUUUGAUCAUUUGCUGGAACUGAUGAAAUACUGCCGAACGUUUAAUUUGCCUUCUAACAGGGGGUCUAUGCAUGGUACAGCUGUGACAUUUAAAGUCACAGUGGUGUUCGAAAAUUCUAGAACAUGUAGAUAUUUUAGACAUUUACGCUCUACGUUCUUUAAAAAUUAAUGGCUACAAACGAUGGGCUUUUUUGCUGUCGCUGUCUUGCAUAAUAAAUUUCUUGGUUUACAAUCUCCUGGUUAUUUCCUUAGGGCAUCGUUAAAAUCCACGUAAUGGUUGCAAACAAACAAACCAUAAAAACAUAAACGACUUCCUAAAACAAUUCUUAAAGAUAAAUGUUUUUAUUUUUCUGCAUUGAAAAAACUGCCGUAUUCCACGCAAAAAUAUCAAGACGACAAGGAGAUCAAGGGCAUUGUAAUUAUGCAUAGAGUCCACUUUUAGUAGCCAGUCCAAAGGAUAUUGAAAACAUGCGAAAAAAAUAACAACAUGAUAGUUUCCUUUCUAGCCAACAGAGGAAAAUUUUAAAUCUCCUAAUAUUAUCUGUACCUUUGGACGGAUCAGUUUUAAUCAGAAACGUUAACGCUGCCGCUUAAAAUGAAAAUAAUUAUCCUUUAUUUUCCACACAGUUCUAAACUGGGAUCCCUACUAUUACGUAAGGCGCGUGUUUAGCUAUCAAAUAUUUGCAGUUAAUCGUCUUCCUCCAAAUAAGAGUCAACAUUUUUCACUGAAUCACACUUUUUGAAGUAUAGUUGAGUCCAAACAUUGUAGUCAUUGAAGGGACAUGAAAUUAAACUUUAAUUUUAUCUCCCUACAAUGAGUAGAAUGUUUGGAGUCAGCUAUACUUCAAAAAGUGUGAUUGAGUUCGCAGAUAUUUUUAUCCUACGGACACCAUGUUGAGAGUAAAGAACAAUAACAACGGCACUUGACACGAGAUCUAUUGUGGAUAAUUUCUGACGCCCGAAUUAGAAAUCUUGAAGCCUUGGAGAUGAAAUUCAAAGUAUGUAUUUUUAACUUUGCUGUUCAGUGUUUACUGACAAUUGUUUAGAACGGCGGUACCGCCUUUUAAACCAUUGAGUACAUUUAACGUCACUCAUUAUCAUCUUGGUAUUUUUAAAACAAAAAAAAAUCCAAAUUGAGAGAAGGAUAAAAAAAAUCAUUUUCCAAGAAAAUAAAGAGGAAAAAGUUCCAAGCAAAAGCACUGUUGAAGAGAUUUCGUUUGAAUGGCCACAGCACAGGAUUUCACCUACGAAGCUAAAAAUUAUACUUACACCAUGCAAUUAUCCGUAAGCCAGUAUUUAUAGAAUAAAGAGCUGUUAAUAUCCUACACAUGCGACAAUUUAUAAAAAGGAGCGCAAUUAAAAGUUUGAAAGCUCCCGACAUUGGUGUAAAUUACAACAUGUUCGUUAAUUUCAUUAGUUUCAGCUAGAGAGUAGUGGAUAUUAUGUCCUCUAGUCCUCUCAGUGGCUCACUAAUGAAGCAAUUUUGAUAUGUAAAACCCCAGUUGGCGAUCAGUAACUUCAAAUUACAUAUACUGCAAAACAUAGUAGAGGGGACUGGUUAUGAAAGCCGGCAACAUCAAAGUUGAAGUAGUUUAUGUUAGAAGCUCCCUGACCCUGCAAGAGGGACGCAUAGAGUAUCAUUCGUUAUGCACUUUAGUAGCAAAAAAGUUGUCUUUUUGUUACAAAUAUGGUCAGUUAUCUGGCAUAAAAUCCACUUUCUAUGUUAAACGUAACGUGUAUUUCAGGUGCCUUAUAGCAAGAGAGUUUUUUGGAAGAGAAAAUGAGCAAGAGAAUAUAUUCACAAUCCGUUUAACGAGAAGGCCUGGGAAGACGCCUUACAGGGAAUCGAGGAAAUCAUAGAUAGUAGAGGAGACUGACGGCAAAUAUUAAGAAUAAAUACGUCGAAACGUUGUCGAAACGCCAGUCGCUGUCAACAACAACAGUCCUAUUCAGGACUACGUUCACCCGGAAAGAGUGUGAUGCGGGCUCAGGCAGUUUAGUUUACAGAUAAAAAUUAUAAAAUGUAACCAUUUGCUUGCCGAACGCACUGCUUACGGCACAAUUGUUUAUCAACGCUACGCUAUUAAAGAUUGCCAUCAGCUUUCGAAAGAUCACUUUAAAAGUCAAACAACAUAUUCACACUCGUGGUUGUGAUUUCUUUGUUUCGCAGUGGAUACGCUUGGCGAUUAAGGCUGGUUUUCACUAGCCACAAAGUCGCAGUCGGAGUCGGAGUCGUAAUCAGAAGCGUAGAGUUUAUGAUCUAGGGUGAGUUCGAUUGGGAAAUGUGGAUUUAGAUUUCAAAAUCCUGAUUUCGGAUUUGCAAUCGAACGCGAAAUCCGAUAUCUGUUUUCGGAUUUCCUUUUGACCGUUCGAUUGGGAAAUCAGAAAAAGGAUUUAGAAAAACUGUCCUUAAGAACAGCGGUCAUGCACGUGCACGCAUAAUUAGUAAAAAGAAGACCGCUGUUCACGAGAAUAGUUUUGCAAAUCCUUUUCCGGAUUUCCCAUUGGAACGGUAAAAAGGAAAUCCAUGAAAUCCGCAUUUGGAUUUCUUCAUUGAAAUCCACACUGGGACGGAUUUCUCGGAGUUGAAAUCCGUUUUCGGAUUUCGCGUUCGAUUGCAAAAUCUGACAUCCGGAUUUCUAAAUCUAAAUCCGAAUUUCCUUAUCGAACGCAACCCUGGCGAAAACAGCGUUCCGAUUCCUCUUACGAUUCCAUCGCUUACGUUUCGCUUAUACCUUGUGAAAACCAGAUUGUCGGAGUCGGAAGGAGAAGCGGAAGAACUAAACCAAUCACAAAGCGUGGAAACGUGCCUUGUGAUUGGUUUAUCCUUCCGCUUCUGCUUCCGACUCCGACAAUCAGGUUUUCAGUAGAUCAAAAGCGGAACGUAAGCAACGGAGUCGGAAGAAAUGGAAACGUUCUGACUAUUCUGAAUCCGAGUCCGUCGCCCUUAUGACUCCGCUUACGACUCCGACUCCGUCGCUAGUGAAGACUAGCCUUCAGCAAGUAUCUGUCGCGACGCGCCCUUUUUGAACGCAACCGUGACUUGUCCGCGUGAAUUGAGUAUUAAAGGUGAUUUUGCAUUGCCAGGCCGGAUAUUAUUGGCUGAAAACUAUUUCACGGACUUUUUUUUCUGCCAAUCAGAGCAAACAGCCGAACCAAUCAUGACUCGGUUACACGCUUUUUAUCGCGCUCUGCGUCGGCUGCAUCUGAUUGGUUCAUUCGAUUUAGUCUGGUGCGGUUGGCUAAAGUUAACUGUAAAAGGUGCUCACUUCGAUUCUUGUUUGAGAAAUUCUAGUUAAUAAAUGAAUCAUUUGCUUAAGGCAUUUACUAAAUUUUAAUAUUUCUUUAAUUUAGAAACUGCCCUGGCUUCUACCCGUCUUCAGCGUGCUUGCAGCGUGCGGGCAGUACGUUUGUUAUUUCAUUGACGAUGCAGUGCAACUUGAUCUAGGCAAGCCUUGGCUGAGCGUGCUCCUUAACAUCAUAAGAGUUUUCAGCUUGCUUCAUGUGCUAUACGGCUAUAUAUUGUUCCUUGUGAUCGUUCUAUUCGUAAUGUAUGUAACUGGCGCCUCAAUGAAGGAAUUCAGAGGUAAAAACUUGUUUGUUUGUCACUUUGUUUGCCUUUUAACCAACAUCAUUCUCUCUUGUCAACAUGUAUUGGAAGUGUAAUAGAGUAAAGCCCAGCGCGUUAGACCUUAGAUAGAUGGUUCCACGAGCCCUCAUAUAAACUGCCAUCCAAUUAUUUUCCUUUUGUUCAUAUUCAGGUUCCCAUACAUAGUUAACGACAUAAUGUUAAUGGUAACCUGUAAUGAAAUGGCAUCCCAUCAUGAUCUAGAGAAUGUAAAAAUUGUUCUACGAGACCUCGCCCUAAUUCCACCCAAGGCUCCUUAGAGUGUCUCAAAUCUAUGCAGUUUCGUUAUUUUGUACUCUUAGCAAUGAAAACACCACAAAAUCUUACUCUUUUCCUAUUAAUAAGGAGCAUAGCCUCUUCCAGGCUCCAAGAUAGUGGAGAAAGCAGAUCGAAAAAAAUUGCGCGAAAACCAUGUGGGGGCUGGGGAAAGACAAACAAGGGGGGCGGGGGACAGGUUAUAAGGAACACGACAAGUAACCUUCUUGUCUUGCUGAUUUUAGACGGUGUCGAGAGUGAGUUUCGCGAGCCUCACGUCCGGUUGACAUUCCGCGAGGCUGUUCAGCUGUUUGAGCACCGAUCUCAAUUCAUCAGAAGAUCGUCAGACGCCUGUUUGGUAAGCAUUUUUACCUACUAUUCCUCUUUUGUUGUUUCUUUUAUUAAUGGGGCUGAAGAAACCUAAAUUUUGUACAAAUAAAACUGAUCCACUGCGGAAACAAACUAGAAAAAGACUUUUCCAAAUGUCUGGCGUCGCUUUUCAAAAAGUUAUCACGGGCGCCCGUUUGUCGUUAACUCCGCUAUCUUGAACUAUAGUUUCGGCAUGAAUUGACCUUUCCUCAGGAGUCGCAUUUUCAAACUCCGCGUGGGAUGAAGUUCCGCCAAGUUUGCAAUAGCCAUCAGAAGAGGAGAUCACCGUUCCCAAAACAGUCCCAUAGUACAAUUCGCCACAAAACCGACCCAGUCUUUCUCUACAAACUCAAAAUGGCUAAUAUGUUUAAGACUCUUUAUGAACGGUGUAGAGGUGACAAAAAGAAAGGGUAGAAAAUAGAAGGACGGUCGGGGUAAGGAAAGUGUUGGUCAUUAAACGAGACUACAAAUUCAAACAGAAAUCGUAAAACGGGCUGGGCGCUACGUAGUCUUAACCAUGCUAAAAUUGUAGACCCAGUUCAGUCUUAUCUCAUAACUUUUUUACUAGUUCUUCCUUAUGGCUAAUUAUUCAAAGGCCUCGUAUCAUUACUAGUGUAACGCAUAAGUGAUGAUGGAACCAAGUUUAUAUAUCUUAACCACGAAGAACUGGUUUGCAAUUUUUUUUUUCGUACUCUUUCUAGUUUAUACUGUGUAACCUCGUCCUGACGACAGUUCUUUCGUUUGUCAUCAACGGCUAUAACUUUUUAUUCUUUAACCGACGAGCAAUUUAUCUUUGGUUUGCGAUGGUUCCCAUGCUAUGGAGCGCAGCACCGCUGAUCUUAGCAGCGUGGGCGACAGAAAACUACCAGGCUUAUGUUGCGUCGGUAGUGAGAUCCUGGGGUGAGCAUCCGGAAUCGGACGAAAGCGAGUCGGAGGGGGAGGACAUGGACGAGUAUCAAGAAGCGAUGAAAAAGCUCAAGGUCAAUCGUUCUCGAAGCGUUCUCAUAGCAAGCACAAAUUUAUUAAAAACGCUCACGCGCAAAAGACUCAUUUUACGACAAGACAGGCGUAUGUCUGUCGCGGCCAUGAGAAGAGAAUCACAGCUUAGCGAGGCCAGAGGCUCGCUGGUAGACGAUGCUUCAUCAAACGGAACCAACAGAAACCUCUUGGGAAUCCAAAACCCACUACGAUUGGUGGAUAUGGAGACCGGAAGUGAAGACACGUUUGCGGACUCACCGAUGCCUUCGACUUGCAUUCUAAACCCGAGUUUCACACCAAACCCAAUGAAUCCGCCUUCUUCGGGAGACAAAAAGAAGAAAAGCAAGUUUAAUUUCAAAUCCUAUGUGAUGUACCUACAGGGACUUAUCAAGGAAGUUGGGUUUUCCGUAGGGGGAAUGAUCCUAAGUUGGGAAAAAGUUUCCAGUGUUGGAAUAUUGUGGGUUUCGGUAUUGGCAAUCUUCAUUCAAGAAAUCGUGUUUGGAAACAGAAAAAGCACACUGCUGACGUGACACAAAUACAAAACACUUUUCACAAAUUUGUAAAUAGUUUUGUACUAAAUAUUACCACCCGAUGCACACGUGUGUCUUAGCCGUCAAAGAUACAUCUGUUGUAGUUAUUUUUUUUGUCUCAGUUAACUUUUAUUUCUCCAUUGUUUUUGGG